UCUGGGCAGCCUCCCUGGCAGCCGCCUUGGUCUGGGCCCAGAGGGCAGGCUUCCUGGACAACUUUCAGGUUUUUUGCACUUUCCUGCUGCUUCUGUCUGCUCCCUCAUCCUGCCAGGUUUCAUUUUCCCUUCCAGGCUGCUGGUGGUGGUGUGGGGGGCUGUGCCCAGCGGACCCCAUGAAGAUGCUUGGUGCUCGGGACCGCCCGGGCUGGCCCCCCGGGGAGGGGACUGCUGCAGGGCUCCAGGGCUUUGCUGUGGACAAGACCUUCCUCUCCUCCCUCAGAGGCAUCCUGCUGGAAACUGAGCUGGCCCUGACCUUCAUCAUCUUUAUCUGCUUCACGGCCUCCAUCUCUGCCUACAUGGCCGCGCCGCUGCUCGAGUUCUUCAUCACACUCGCCUUUCUCUUCCUCUAUGCCACCCAGUACUACAAGCGCUUGGAUCGGCUUAACUGGCCCUGUCUGGACUUCCUCCGCUGUGUCAGUGCCAUCAUCAUCUUCCUGGUGGUCUCCUUUGCCGCUGUGACCUCCCGGGAUGGAGCCGCCAUUGCUGCUUUUGUUUUUGGCAUCAUCCUGGUUUCUGUCUUGGCCUUUGAUGCCUUCAAGAUCUAUCAGACUGAGAUGGCACCCAGUGCCACCGAGGGGGACCAGCAGUGACCCCCGGGACUACCUGGCUCCCAAGGCCCAGCCAGAUAAAGGGGACAGUAGCACCCAGACAUGCUUCCUUUGGCUUCUUUAGUCCCCCCGCCCACCGUCCCCCAGCCCACACCAGCAGAAAUGGAGCCUGGCCUGAGAAGCCACUGUGGACUGGCCAGUGGAGCCUGGUACUCUGGGAUCUGGCUACUGAUGAAGCUCCUGACAGGGAAGAGGUGUUACAGAGGGAGGCAGGGAGGGAGUGAGGAGGAAGCUGGGCCCCCAAGUCGUUGCCAAAUUAAAAGAUUCAAAUAAUACUGGUGAGUCUUUUUCUUCCCCAGAAAUCAGGCAGAUGAGGGAUAACAAUACCAAGGUAUAUUCAUGGAAAUGUUGCCUGGAGCAGAUCACGGUCCCUCUCUGAGACCCAGUCUGAGCAAUGAGGAGGUGGGGGGCUGGACCAAAGAAUGCAGAAGACAUCCUCCAACACAAAACUUCUAUGCCAUAAAUCUCUGUGCCUGAGGCCACUCUGUAUUGUGCUGGUAGCUGGGGACCUGGUGUUCUGUGUCUGAGAAGGCACACACCUUCCUGAUGUUUGUGCCCCCCCGCCGCCACGCCUGUACACACAGGUUUGUUAGUGGGUUUGAAAUAAGGUACUCCCCUGAGGUGUGUGAAGAGUUCCCCCUAAUGCUGUGGGAAAGACAUGGCCUGCAUACUGUGGGUGAGAGUUCAGCCCGUGGCAUCAAACAAGGGCAGAGAUUCCCAAAAUGCUGGUGCUGGAAGAGCCCUUAGAUAUCUGGUCCAGUACCCUCAUUCCAGUUACCGAACGUGACCUCCUUAUUUGUAAUAGAGCAAAGGCUAGAAUCUAGCCCUCCUGACACCUAGACAGAUGUUCUGGAUACUGUACUGAGCCCCCUUAUAGAUCAGAAAAAAUGGUCCACGUCAUCCCAGCUGCUUCCACCACUGAGCCACCUUCCCAGCUUGCUAGCAUCUCAGCAAACAUUCCCUGAACAUCUGUGUGCAGACCCUGC